CAUCGUUCCAUCGCAGUCUCGCUCUCUCUCUCCCUCACCUCCAGCCGCUUGCAGACAUAUUCUGGCCUCUUGCUGCAGCCGCAUCAGAUCGUAUUCGUUCUGGGAUUAUGGAAGACCAGGACGAGCCCGUGGUGGAGUCGACUCUCCAUACUCAGCGGCCGACGGUUGCUGCCGAUGACCUCCGGGUCGUCGCAGUCCUCAUCAAAAACCCGCACAUGUUCACCCGGUCCGAGCACGACAAGUGGUUUCUACGGCGCCUGCUCCGUCCCCUCUCUCUGGCCGAAUUCAAGGGUGAAGACAUGACACUGCUCGACGGCUCUCUCAACGACCACUUUUUCGAGUGGUGCAAUCCGUUUGUCUCGAAUGCGGUCCGAGAGACGACCAAGCGGCUCGUCGACCGUCCGUCGAGAUACAACCUCGGGACUGGAUCGGUGGGGCCCACGAAGCUCUACCGCCUGACGCCGCACACCCGCAUCUACACGUUCGCAAAGAAGUAUCGCAUGGUCUUUGUCGUCGACGUUAGUCCGUCCAUGGCUGUGGUGGAUAUCGUUGGCAAAGCCAACGUGCUGAUGGCGGCGGCCUAUGAGACCCUCUGCAAAUGCCUCGACGGAGUCACUCGGGACUUUCACAUCGACAGCCAGUUUGGCGGAUCAAAAGUGGUGAUCUCCCCGGAUAUUUAUAUCACUGUCACUGCAGACUAUGGCAUUCUAAACCUGCCGCCAUCAAAGUACCCUCGCCUGUCGACCUUCAAUGCCACUUUCCCAUUCCGUGUUCUUCUGCAAGAUGUCAAGAUCACUCGCGACAACUUCACGUCGAUCUGCAAGCAGCUGCAUGACGCCAUUGAUGCCUUCGAGUGCGAGUUUGUUUCAAUCCGUCGCGAAGAUCAGAAAGCCGCGAAGCUGCCACAGACACAAAGUCAGAAAAAGGACUCCGAGCCCGCAUAUCCGCCUCCCACUGCUUCAGAAUCCCGAGGCAGUGCCGGCGUGAGCGAGUCGAAUCCACGCUCAAAGGACUCAAAGGACUCAAAGCCCAAAGCGAAGCCCAAGCGCAACGAGGGCCAGUUCUUUCGCAUCCUCGAGCACAGCCUCUUUGCCCUUGGACUGCUCCCAGAAGACUGUAUGCCGGCCAUCGUGGUGAUCACCGACGGCGUGCUUGCGACCUCGGGCUUUGGCGACCCAAGCAACAUGAGAAUAUGCCGCCAGGUCGUUCGCCAGAACGUUGCGUUCACCAUCAUCCAGGUGGGCUCUCCCGAAGGGUUUACCCCCAGCGUCAACUUUGGCCAUGUCCCCGACAACGAGUUCCUCCGGUUUCUGGCCUCGGCUACCUCCGGGCGCCUGCUCUACGGAGAGGACUGCCAGUACAUGAACGAGAAGUGCGGCGAAGCUCCACCAAACUUUUACCAUUUCCAGUUGCUGAUGCGAGAGAUGUUCCUCCCCAAGAUCAGCGUUGGUGCACACCGAAACGUGUACGGCGGCUUGAACGACCGCUCCAUCGAUGUUCCCAGGAGCAUCGUCUUCCUCAGCGAAGAUCAAGUCGAGCCCUUUACCCCAGCCAACCAAAUCUUCCCGUGGCUAUCGUCGAGCCAGGCCCCGCCCUCAGCCCAAGCCAUGUGGACCCACGCCAAGUGGGGCGUGCAGUGCACGCUUGACCGCCUCAUCACCGUGCGCCUGCUUGAGGGCUUUGUCAUCAAGGGCAUGCGCAUCACCGACCGAGUCAUGAAGCCCCGCAAGGUUGAAAUCACACUCUUUUUGCCGUGGCUGCCCGGCAUCACCAUUCUGUACACCAUCAAAACCCAGUGGAUCGAUACCAGCAAGCACAUUCUCUUUGGCACGUCCGGCCCCAAGCCGCACGACAUUGAGCUGCGCUUCAUCACCAACCACGAGUUUUUCAAGACCUGGAUGUCGAUUCAGAGCGUCGAUGAGUCGCGAAUCAAAGCCCACGAGCGGGUACAGCACGAUAGAGCAAAGAGCCUGGCGGCAUAUGCCAAGCAAAUGUCAAAGAUGGACGAAAUGAUGCAAGUCGUCACGUCUUUCAACGCAAACUCGGCCCUCAAUUCCCUCAACCGCGCCGAGCGUUACAUAUACGACAUGUCCUCUGGCUCCAGCCCCAGCCGCGUGGUCGGACAGCAGUACAACGUGCUUCAGCCGAACGACGCUGUAGACAACACCGUGACGUUCUGGCGGUAUCUGACCACCGUCAUUUCACGGCGCUCGUCGUCGUUCGAGGAAUGGGAGUGCAGCGUCAUUCUCCUGUCGAGUCAGCCGUACUCACCUUUGGGCUCUGCCGGAGACCCAGCUCGCACUCUCGCCUUGCGGCGCGCCAUUGCCUUGGACACGCUCAACACAUUUGUGUCAAGGGGCUGGGGCUCGUUUGGCCUCGAUCGCUCGGUGCACAUCCGACUCAUCCAUGCGGACGACGAGAAUCGUGACGGGCGACAAUCCUCAAGCGCGACCGGAUUCUGUCUGCUACAGCUCGGAAGCACGACCGAAUGCACGUACUCGAUCCGUCUUUCGUUCUACAGCGUCGAGCCGCGAACCUGCCGACGCCUGGUCAGCGAUAUGAUGAAGGCGCUCUGGGAAGCCUCGGGUGGCCAAGGCACAAACGUCUUCCCGCUCGUGCCCUGCCACCGACCGCUGCGCCAGAUGAUUAUCCGAUAUCGCCCAGAUCCUCCUCCGGAGAGUGCCGACGCUCAUCCGAAAGCAAGUCAACACACGCAUCCUCCGAGCAGCAGCGACGUGCCCACUGCCUCUGGGGGAAACCCCGGCGGUCUGUCCCUGACAUCCAAAUCCUUCUUGAGCGGGUACUUGCGCCACCAGCGCUGGACUUGGUACGGCGAUGCAUCCCACGCACAGACUGGUGCGUCCAAGUCCCAUUCGACCUUGGAUGUGAUCUACCAGAUCCUGUACGCUCAGCGUGUGUCGGAGGGAUUUGCCCCAGUCCAUGAGGCCCCGAGCACUGUGACAUUCUACAAAGAACACCAAGUGAGCGCAGAGAUCAAGUGCAAGGAAAAGCAGCAUUCCGAAAAGUCCGCGCACUCGCAGCACUCGCAGCACUCAAGCAAGAGCCGAAACCCGCAUCCCUUGGAACAGCUCGAGAACUGCGCGCGCCAAAAGAUGUGCGCAGUGCAAUAUGUGAUUGCCAAGGACUAUGCCCAAGGCAGACUCCUGGCGGAGGCUUGGGUCGAGCCCGUGAACCAGAUAAAGCACACCCUCGCCACUAACUCGGACGGUGAAAUCAAAGUCCGGUUCGAAUUUAUUGAAGUCAGCCAGCAGAUCAUCGAUUACCUCACCAAGGUCGACUGCAAGCUCGUCAGCCAAGUCAACACCUUCAACCAGCUCGUGCGCGUUGCCAAGGAAAAAUCAUCGAGAGUUGAACACGAAGGCAGGCGGCGAAGUGUCGAGGGCGACCACGCAGCCAACGCAACAUCGGACCAUGCCCUAUCGACGCUGCUCUAUUCGUCCGCGAUCGAGACCCGCGCAUUCAAAGUGCCCGUCCUGGUGACCGAUGAAGUGACCGUGGUUGAUUCCGUUGGUGCCUCUCAAAACAGCAUCAAUUCGAGUGAAUUCAAGAGCUCCCACGUCUGGACGGAUAGGCGAUACGGAACAACGGACAUCCGAAUCCAGCACUCGCCUCCCCGGGCCAGGUCGACAACAGACUUGGCUAGCUCGGGCGCGGAUCGACCCGGCAGCUCGGACUACUCUCGGUCCAGCUACCGCUCAGAUCCUUUCAUCCAACAGUCCUCCAAGGAAAUAUCGAACGAUAUGCUGCACAGAUAUUUCACUGAAGCCCUAUCCUCAAUAGCCGAUACAGAGAUUCAUAUUUCCGACCAGGGCAUGGUGUUGCCGAAAAAGGGUGCGCUCUCGGACCCAAACGAGCAUGACUUCCAAAACUAUAUACGCAACUUCAUCCACAAGAAUAUGAACAGUCCGAACGCUUUCCUGGUGCGGCCGCUGAAACAGUGUCGAGUCUUUAUCAAGAGCUCGUCCGCCAAUGCCCUCCAGGUCAUCAUCGUGCCAUUGUACCACACUCUGCCGACCAGCGGGCCCAUUGGUCUCGACAAAGCCAAAUCCGGGUAUGGAAUGAAAAAGUCCUCCAGCAGCGACAACAUCUCGCAGACGGCGCCAUCGCCCACAAACCCGGUGUCUCGUGAGAAUAACGACAUCGAGUACUUUACCGUAACGAUGGCAGAGUGCGUGCGGCCGAGCGCCGUCACGGAGGGACCGGCGCUGUUGUGGCGAUCGACGUUCCAGUCCCUCUCGCUUGAGCCUCCUCUGUCCAAGGCGGAUCGAUCCCAGGUGCACUUGUCUAAGGCUACUCAGUCCGAUGUGGACCUGUACUCGCUCCGCGUCCGGGGGGCCGAGCGCUUCUCAAAUCCCGAUAUCUAUAACGAAGAGCUCGCAGGUCUGCUGAUUGUCGAUGGCGCUCCCAAAUCGGUCAUGUCAAAAUCCUCCAGCUCCACCCAGCAUGGACAAGGCAGCAGUCACAGCCGCCAGAUCCGAGGCGGGACAUCAGAUCAUAUCAUCAACAAUACCGCCUUCACCAACCGCCUGAAUAGCUGCUUCCUGACGUCUUUCUGCAAAGUUGUCUAUGCCAACCUCCUCCAAGGAUAUGGAAUCCAGAGCUCGGACUGGCGAAAAGUGCUUACGCCGCUCUCCGAGGUUUGGACCGACAUUGACAUAACGGACUAUCUGCACGUACGCACGUCCAAGCUUGUCCCAGCAAACAGAGAGGCAAACGAGUUGAUUGAAGAAAUCAUCAAUGCCACAAUCCUGCCGUACUUCAAGCACGUAGGCUCGCAAGUCAAGGAUACGGACAUUUACUACUACAGGCCCUCGGCAAAUCAAGGCCGGCAUCGUACCGCCACGCCGACAGACCACCACCACUCCGGUCGGCCUGGCUAUAUACGCAUGCCGUCCCAAGGCACCCCCAUGCCGAACAGCCCUGCAGCCGGGAUCGGCCCGGGCCGAGUAGACCCGUCCGAGCACAUUUUUGAGGUAGCAAAGACCCCUCUCUUCCUGGCGGUGUCGCGCUCGACGGCCCGCGGCACGACUCGCAUCCCGACCCGCGACAACAGCUCGCCGAGCGAGAUGAGCUCUCCAAUGAUACAGAUGGAUCGCUCGCGAACAACAUCGGGCGACUCUUACGCUAGCACAACAGCGUCCCCCAAGCCCAAGCUCGUGGAGGCCUCCCGGACGUGCCUUCGACUCAACUGUCUGGGGCUCACGGCCGAAUCCAUUGGGGAAGACUAUGCACAGACAGCCCGAUACUGGUCAGACUCCCACAUCACGUUCGAGCAGCGAUGCUCCGAGUCACUCUUGGUGUCUGAGGAACAAAAAUCAGGAAUCGCAAGCAUGAUCAGCCGAAUCAAGAACCAUCUCGAAGAGGAAACGCUGAACUGCCUGCUAUCCGUGGAACCCAUCGAGCAGCACCACAUGGCGACCGUCGAGCACCUCCUGCAGCGGCGCCAGCGCGAUGAGCACAUGGCAAAUGACCCUGCCUCGCACGACUACCUGGUGACGUUCCCGCUUUCCUUUGUCCGGAUCAAAGGCGAGAGCGCUCUGAUCGACAAAUCAGACAGCCCAGACCGGUCCUCCAAGGGUAUCUCGGAGCUUUUCCUGGAGGAGUUUGUCAAGAUCCCGCUCCCCAACUACAUUAUCGUACCAUACAAGGAAAGGGAGCGCGACACGGAAAAGUUCUUUAUCCUUCCCAGCCAGCCCUCGGAGAAUGUUGGUCUCGGCAUCAGUCUCGGCGAUGACUCUGCGCCCUUGAUCGAAAGCAGAAGCCGCCAGUAUUGGCUGAUGACAUGGCUCCGGGGCAACGAUCUCGUCAUCCAGUUCUUCUCCAAGACUGUAUCUGCCCUCGAGCGCGAGCCGUCGAUUGAGCUCGUGAAGGAUGCCGCGCUGCAGAGCUGUGAGCGAGCCAACCGUCUUAUGUUGCUGCACAAGCUGGAUAAGUCUCGCUACGCCAUCGAUGCGCUGAUUGUCCCAAACAGCAUCAAUGCCGACGAUGAUUCAGAAGACGACCAGUGGGAGCUUGAGGGCGAGCCUGCUGAGCCCGGGCGAUAUUCCUGCGACAAAGUCUGGAGCUCGUCGUUCAGCCUCCAUCCCCGUGUGUCUCCUGUCAAGGCGCUCGCAUAUCUGUCUCGUGCUCUCCUCGGCAUGGCCAUCUCGAACCGCAAAAAUAUGUUUGUCUACCAGGCCAACAACUCGUACUACUACAUUUACAUCAGGCAGGACGACAAUGGGCCGGCCAGUACCCCCAUCCUGAUGGCCGAGGCAUCGCCCAAGCCCAUCCCCAUCCAAGACGCCGGCUAUCGAAGCCGAACCACCAGCACCGUGAACCUCGAUUUGGUGCGCCGUCCAUCUGUCCAGGGCAAGAACCAGGCGGCGCACAGUAUCACGAUCGAGAUGUACGGCGUCGAUGAGCUCCCGGCCGAAGUCAUCAGCUCGCUGACGGAGAUGGUGACGGGAAGACUCUACCAAGCCAUCCAGACAAACCUUGCCCCCGUCUUGACCCGCAACUCAACCGCCAAGCUUGCCCUGAGCGACAUGGAGUUCCUGAUGCCGAUCGCCAGCGGCCCGGCCAAGAGACAGAUCUUCACCAUCCCACAGAGUGUGAAGAAUCCUUAUCUGUACUUGCUCUAUCUGCGACAGAACCUCCGCAAGCUCUUCCGCAACCUUCAGUCCGGCGAGCUGAACGACUAUCUGGAGCACUAUUACAAGCAAAGCCACCACAAGCUCAGCCAGAACGAGUCGCCAUCGUCAGAGUACCAUACGAGAUUCGAUGAGAUCAAUUACAGCGACCUGGCAUUUGCCUACACACCGGCAGACGAGUCUCAUAUCACCGCGUUUGAGAAAGAAGUUGGCACCGGCAUUGCCGUCAUUACGCUGGCACUGAUAAAUCCCGAGGGAGAGAUUGUCAAGCGCAUCGCUGUUGACCCAAGCUACAGCAAUAUCGGCUUCUCUGGGGCACUCAUCUACCUGUCGACCUUUACGACCCAUGUUGCGGACACCUGGAGCGGGUAUUGUAUCCUCACUGAGAUCUGGACCCACGGCAGCAUUCAAACCGAGCCACUGUUCAACAAGCUCGCAUCGGGCUUCCAGAACACACUGCUGGACUACUUCACCGAAGUUGCUGUCGUCAAGCUCUCCAACAGCAUCCAAAGCCGACCCGGCCGCCAGCCUGUGGACCUUGAUGAUGACGAGGCCUCUCCCGACGAGAGCUUCAGUCAGUGCAACUUUGGCGAGGUCUACGAGCAGGUCUGCGGAAGCCUGAGUCGGUCGUCGCACUCUGGCAAUCCAUCGGUGCAGGAGCUCAUCUAUCCACUGAGGCUCAACUCGCAUAUGCUGGAGCAGUUCGUGACCGAAAUCAACGAAGUGCUCAGCAGCCCAGACAUCCAAACCGCACCGGUGGUGAUCUCGCGGUUGGCACCGGGUUACGGUGAGCGUGAGGCCAGCACCCGGCGCUCGCCCACAUAUACGCUUUACAGCUCCAACCGGAUGCACGACUACCUCUCCCGGAGCCCUGGCAACAGCCUGAACCCAUCCGACCCGACCUAUAUCUUGGUGGCCGGCCUUUCGCCGCUGACGACCUUGUGCAGCGGCAGGCCCGUCCAACAACAACAGCUGCAGCAGUCUGCGACCGAUCGUCGCAAUUCGUUUGCAUCCGAGUCCUCGCACACGGGCACAUACCGAAAAGGACUGGAUAGCAUUGCCACGGAUGCGGCGAGCAUCAAAAUCGGGGCACGAGGCAGCGUCUAUCUCCCUCUCAAGGUCGAACACGAGCAUGCCCUCUAUCCGGCACUACCACCCGGCUCCGACGACAAUGAGCCGUACGCUCGCAGCUUCUUCUUCAUCCUGACGGUAACGCAUUCCAGUUUGACGCUCUUUACCUACAACUGGGAUAGCUCCGGGUACGAGAUUCUCUCUCGGAAGAUCCUGCGGCUCCUGAACUGGUGCAACAUCCGUAUCCAGUACCUUGACAAGAUACGCUCGAAUCUGGCGAUGCGACCGAUGAACACGCAGCUGGGCUCGUGGCGCUCGCCAUCCCCCGUGUGUGGCUCCUAUGGCGGCGAGCACUCUCUCUUCCCGGAGCGACACAAUCUGCACCACGACCGCACACACGAAGUCGGCUCCGAAUCAGAGGACAUGUACCACUCACGCACCGACUCCAGCUUCCUCCAGAAACGAGGUGCCGACUUUUUAUACGAGUUUGUACAGCAGCUGCGCGCACGCGAAGCAUCAACCCCAAUCAGCACCGGAGCACCAAAGGACAGACUCAAAUGGACGCUGGCGGCCGGGGGGACAAGCUUUUCGGAGGGAUGCUCGCUGGUGGACCGCCAUGGCGGGGGUUCGCCGCUGUCCCCAGCUGAUUUUGCGUCAACGAUCCGAUCGAUUCGGCUGCUGCAUUACUCGACCUAUCCCUUGCUCUUUACAGACGGGAGUGUAUCGGCAAAACCGAAUGGCAGCCAGUUCCACAUCAACAUCAACGAAGCUGUUGUGAUCAACAACCAGUCGGCUGCCCAAUGGUGCAAAACCAUCACGGAAAACAUGGUGAAGCAGUACGCACAGUAUCUGAGCACCCUCGGGCUUGAGCUCCUGGCAUUCGACAGUCCAUCGAACGGAGCGGGGAGCGAAAGCAACCCGAUUUGCAUCUUUUCCAGCAAGAUCCGCACGGUUUCACCAGUUGUGUACAUGCAUCGGAUGACAGCGGGGGGCAGCAUAGUGGCACAAAUCAGCGCCUUUGGAAACCACUUUUCCGUCACACUCUAUACAAUGGAGCUGCCUCAAUCCAGAUCCGAUGGUACCGACACCAAGGUCCCUCCCAACGCUCACGAGAUCCAUGCAGAAGUUAAGCGGGCAUUCCAGAUCGAGUGCAUCAAGUUGAAGGAUCAGCUCCACGUCAACUCAUUCUCGUACGACUUUCAUCUCCGCGCCGUCGCCGAGAGCAUGGUUCAAUCGUCGACAGCGUCCAUUCCCAUCGAUCCUGUGUCGGUCAUCAAGGCCUUUUCCAUCUUCAAUCCCAAGCGCGCACGAUACGCCCGCUCGCGGCUGAUCCAUGGCAGCGUUCCAACCUUGGGGAUGAAUACGUCCAUCAUUCACUACAUCCUGAAGAACCCCGAGCUCUACGAUUUCCAGUCGGUCUGGUUCGGCAGCCAUGCUGUCGCAUGUUUCACAACAUCGCCCAGCCCCGGCUUCGAGGAUGCCUCUGCCGCAUCUGGUGCUGACCGCCACCAGUAUAUGAUUGUGAUCUAUCAGGAUCUCGAUGACCAAGAAGAAGCUGCCCAGCAGUUGGCGCAAAUGCCGAAGCCUACCAUCAGCAGUAGUACGCCCCGACUGCCUUGGUCUCACGAGUCUGCUCCCGAAACGCCGCUUCCAUACUACCUCCUGAUCCUGAGCGACGAGAUUGCCCCAAUGGCUGAGCAGGACCCUCACUUUGGACAGAGUCCGUCAAACGAGCGAUACGAGUAUCUUGCGAGUGGAUACUACAUCAACGAUGUGCUCAAGCAGGCCGAGCAAAAGAUCAAAAAUCUGAUCGAGCAGGCUCUGGCUUUCUAUGGCCGUGAUAGCUUAUGGAAGCAGCUCCAAACCACAGAGGAUCUUCACGGAUCGGCCCGGGACCGUCAGUCGAUGCAUGAAGACGGCAACAACAGCGGCGAAGCGCUGGCGGACUGGCUCAGCGUCCUUUUGGAGAAGAUCGAGCCCAAUUCGCGCAGCUUCACCUCGAUCGAUCCCGGCCUCGCACAGUUGUUCAACGACCGGACGAUCCACUGGGGCGCCGCUCUGGACUACCUCUACGAAUCGUUCAAGCCCCACGCCCGGAUUUUCUCGAGCCACGACGAGCCCCGACGCAAGCACCUGAUUCUCUUCAACCGUAGCAACCCCGACUACCUAAUCCAUUUGAUUUCGUGGUCGACUCCAUCCGAGACUCGGCCGUCCGUCGUGCGAGGGCCUGGACAGCCAUUGACACCGGAAUGGCAGCACGCCUCGGUUCUGAGCCUGGCCUCCACAACCUCGAACGUCUCUGCGCUUUCGACGAAUAUCCGCGCUGUCAACCAUAUGGAGGCCUAUACGGUCAGCCGCGAGGGCGUCGUCGACGAUGUCGAGUACGAGCACAUUGAUAUUGUCGUGAAUGCCAUUCUCGUGUGGCUUUUGAACCAGUAGUGGAUGGCAGUCCAACGAUAUGGCGCUUGUCGGAUUUGCCCUUCCCUGCCCUUUGUAAGUCCCACUGCGAGGACGCAUUCCCUAAAAUACACACUCUACAAGGGGGUCUUUGAACUCCCGGAGCAUUCAA